AUGGCGGAGGCUUCGGACCUGGAGGCCAUUCUGCAGCAGAGGCUGCGGCACAGCCGCCAUCGCUUCCAGAGAAGCAUGCGGCUGCUGAUAGCGAAGUAUGACCAGCCCUUCGAGGACGCCCCGCUGGUGGAGAUGACCACGCUGACCUACCAGACAGCCCAGGGAUUGAGAGUGUGGGGUGGAAGACUGAUCGAGGAGGAAAGCGCACAACACUCCCAGGUGGAGGGCACCCCAUUGACGCCGGUCAGCCAGGGAGACAGCCCCCAGCGAGCUGCACACACAGAUUCAAAGAGCGAUGAUCUCAAUGCCACUUUUGACUGGAAAGAUGAGGCAGCUAUGGCUAUGGCCCUGACGCCCCCCGUGCCGCAGAGCCCCCCGAUAGAUGAGCUGCGGAGGAAGUACCUGACGCAAGUGGACAUUCUGCUACAGGAUGACAAGCGUUCAGAGGUAGCCAGCUUCCCAGGCCUGUCGUGCGAUCGUGUCUGGGACUGGAGACACAGCCAGGUGGACGACAGAGUUGGAGAGGACAUCCUUGUCACCCUGGGCUCUGUGUCAGUCAAGCCCACCCUCGGAGACGACAGGGGCGUCUGUGCAAGGAACACCUGGAGCCCCGAUAACCCAGCACCAUCCCUCCGAGAAGGUGACCUCUCCACUGCCUGGGAAGUGGUGCCCGGAAAUGACAGUCUUGUGUCCCACGGGGUCAGUAGCCACAGCUUCUCAAGCUGCCAGUCCUUCGAGGCCAGGAACAUUUGCGACGUGACCAUCAGUGACCUGUACGAGGGGAUGCUGCUCUCCAUGAGCCGGCUGCUGGCCAAGCAGCCAUCUUGCAUCAUCUCCACCAAGACCGUCCUCACCCAGGACUGGCGUUGGCGGAGGAGGGCCAGGGGCAAGGGCAGGCUGGGCUGGACGUACUGCGGAAGAAACAGAGCUGCAAACUGGGCCUCCGGGCGCCGGCGCUCGCCCCCCUCCCAGCCCGACGGGGCGCCCCACAGACCCAAGGACUUACUGUGCGGUUCUGGCCACGGCACAGCCUUGCAGCUGAAGAGCCCUCUGCAGGAAGCAAACACCCUCCGGGCGCACGACUCAGCCCCGCACCGUGAAGACCUGACGGUCACUCCCCGGAAGUCCUCUUGGUCAAGGCAUUUGAGCUUCAUUGUGGACCACGAUCUGGAUCAGGAGGACAGAAUCAUGACACUGAAUUGGUUAAUUUCUCCUGUAAAACUCAAGUCCAGACCCACCACCCUUCAGUGCCUUGUGGAGACUCGCCACAGCGAGAUUGAGUUCAAGUUUGAUAAGCUCUAUCAGAAAUGCUGUCCCGACCCCUCCACCCUGCCUGGCCCUGUGGGCCCCUGGGCUGUGGACGUGUACAGAGGUGACCGCACAAACCCUGGCUGCCUCCGGGGCUCCCGCCGACUGAGUCUGCCUGAGGGCUUGGGAAAACCCCAGAAAGGAUCCAUCAGAGGGGCAUCCCUUCCUCUCAGCAUCCCUACCUCGUCCAGCAUCCCUGCCUCUCAGCAUCCCUACCUCAUCCAGCAUCCCUACUUCGUCCAGCAUCCCUACUUCAUCCAGCAUCCCUACCUCGUCCAGCAUCCCUACUUCAUCCAGCAUCCCUGCCCCAGUCAGCACUCCUGCCUCACUCAGCACCCUUACCUCACUCAGUGUCUCAAGCAUGAGGUGAUGACUGGGCCUUGA